AAUACUAGUUCAUUAUCCAUCCGACCUCGAAAUCCCACAGGAAAACUACACCACAAAAAUGUACUGAUCCGUAACCGGGUGUCCGAAAAUUUCGGUUGUUUGAAGCUGCCCGUUAUUGAAGUUUAGUUGGUAGGUUUUCCAGUCAGUAACAACCAGUUCAAGCGAUAAGACAGAUUAGACGGCAUUCGUUACUAUUUGAGUUGACUUCCUGUGGUGUGUUCGUCAGCAGCCAUGUAUCAACCUUUGGAAACCGAAAAGGAGAAUCUCCUCGCCAAAUAUGUUCGCAUAUUUAUCGUUGUGGCAGCUUAUUGGGUAAUAUCAAUUUUGACGGUUUUCGUCAACAAAGCACUGCUCAGUGGCAUCGAUCUGCAAGCACCCUUGUUCGUUACCUGGUUCCAGGUGCUAGUAUCGUCUGCGAUAUGUUUUCUGAUGAGCAUGCUGAGUCGGCGUUAUCCGAAACUGAUAAAUGUCCCAACAGGUAACCCGUUUAGUACGGAAGUUUUCCUAAAAGUGAUACCAUUAUCGAUUCUGUUCACGGCUAUGAUAGCCAUGAACAAUCUGUGUCUUCGGUACGUUGGCGUAGCUUUCUACUACGUUGGUCGAUCGUUGACCACCGUCUUCAACGUGGUGUUAACCUUUCUCUUCCUGGGGCAGAAAACAAGCGGUAAAGUUGUGCUCUGUUGCAUGCUUAUUGUGGCUGGGUUUUGGGUUGGGGUGGAUCAGGAAAGUUUAACCGAGUCGUUUUCACUGAUUGGAACGAUAUACGGAGUGUUGGGUUCUCUGAGUUUGUCAAUGUACUCUAUUCACACUAAAAAGACCCUUCAGUAUGUUAAUCAGGAGGUGUGGCUGCUGAGCUACUAUAAUAAUGUUUAUUCGGCAUUUAUUUUCAUUCCACUAAUGCUUAUCAAUGGUGAGCACAAAAUAGUUUUAGCUUAUGCACAUUUGGCAGAACCGUGGUUUUGGGGGGCACUGUCAAUUGGUGGUCUCUGUGGAUUUGCCAUUGGCUUUGUCACGGCCCUGCAGAUUAAGGUGACAUCGCCGCUCACUCACAACAUUUCCGGAACAGCUAAAGCCUGUGCUCAGACUGUCAUCGCGACGUCUGUGUACGGAGAAAUGAAAUCGGCCCUUUGGUGGACAUCUAAUUUUACGGUAUUGCUGGGCAGUGCUCUUUAUACCCGUGUGAAACAAGUUGAAAUGGACCAAAAACAUCGAGAGCAAACCAUGAGUCAGAAAGUUUGAAACUUUUAUUCAUAAGAAUAUUUUAUAUUUUUAGAUUUUACACUAUUAUAAUUUACAAACUACUUAAGUAUUAAAUAUAAUUAACAAAUUAAAUUAGGACUUUCAAUCCGAGAAACUCAACGAAUGCCGCUCUCAUA